AUGACCAACAUCACAAAAGAGAAGGUUUGCCUGAUAGGGUCGGGCAACUGGGGCUCGGCCAUUGCCAAAAUCGUCGGCCGCAACGUCACCAAGCACUCCGCCUAUGACUCCGAAGUCCGCAUGUGGGUCUUCGAAGAGAUCGUCGAAGGCCAGCGUCUCACCGACAUCAUCAAUUCCCGCCACGAAAACGUCAAAUACCUCCCCGGCAUCCAACUCCCCGAGAACGUCGUCGCCGUGCCCCAACUCCUCGACGCGGUGAAAGACGCCACACUCCUCAUCUUCGUCAUCCCGCAUCAGUUCGUUAAAGGCGUAUGCGAACAAUUGAAGGGGAAUAUCCACCCGGAGGCGAGGGCGAUUUCAUUGAUUAAGGGCGUGGAUAUUUCGAAGGGAGGGUUGCAUUUGAUUUCGGAUUUGAUUAAGGAUCAUUUGGAGAUUGAUGUUAGUGUUUUGAUGGGCGCGAAUAUUGCUUCGGAAGUUGCUGAGGAGAACUUUUGUGAGAGUACUAUCGGCUGCACAAACCGGCAAAACGGCGAAGCUUUCCGCAAAGUGCUCAACUCCCCCUACUUCCGCGUCGCAAUCGUCGACGACGUCGCGGGCGUCGAGCUCUGCGGUGCGCUCAAAAACGUCGUAGCCAUCGGCGCCGGGCUCGUCGACGGCCUCAAGAUGGGCGAAAACACCAAAGCGGCCAUCAUCCGGAUCGGGUUGAUGGAGAUGAAGAAGUUCUCGCAGACGUUCUAUAAAGGUGUCAGGGACGAGACGUAUUUUGAGAGUUGUGGGGUUGCGGAUGUUAUUACUACUUGUUUCGGUGGGAGGAAUCGCCGCGUAGCAGAAGCCCACGUAACAACCGGCAAAUCCUUCGAAGUCCUCGAACAAGAGAUGCUCAACGGACAAAAACUCCAAGGAACCCUCACCGCCCUCGAAGUGCACCAUAUCCUUAAGGCCAAGCAUAUGGUCGUUGACUUCCCGUUCUUCACAACCGUCUACCGUAUCUGCUAUGAGGGCCGUCCCGCACGCGCCAUCGUUGACGACAUUUGA